CGCACAUUUGCACCUCUACAAACCCGCUUCCCUCCUUCACCUCUCUCUCUCUCUCAUAUCCAUCCUCAAUCCUUCAAACAAGAAUCCUUCAAGUCCACUAGAUCUCUCUGCCACGUACUCAGUACAACGCCAGUGAUCGCCCUCCGACUUAAGCCAUUCUUCGAAGGACCCUUCGAUAUAUCGAGCACAACACAACGAUCAUACUAACCCAAACUUACCAGGAACCAUUAGGUUGAGUCUCUUGGAGCUCGUUCGAUAUACCGAACCUCUCUAUCAUCGAUCGAUACAUUUAUUUGUCUUUCGACCGAGAUCAUACCUUGAUAUUGCAAAAUGGCAACCGCAGUAUCUACCCCAAUCAAGUCCCACGCCGGGAUCUUCUCCACCCGUACCGCUGGCGGACGGAUGCCCUUGACACCUUCUCCUCGCACACGAACUACGACUUUGUCUAUGAACAAUUCCUCCCCAUUCACACCUGAGAAGAGAGCAUCAGACAACGACAGUGCCAGGGCAUCCAAGUCAACAUACGGUGGAAACCUUACAUCACAUUUCUCAAAGUCGACUUCAAGAAGCACACACCGCGACUCGCCAAAGUCUAACAUUGCCAGAACCACGCAGACACCUCGUCGUGCUCUGGAACUCGGUGUCUCCGACUUUGCACUUACUGGCACUGGUUGCAAGACACCUGCCAGCAGUCGAUCAAGGAAGGGUCCCCUUCGUCAAAAGUCUACCAAGACCACCCUUUCCUUCGGCGAUCGAUUCAUCCCAAACCGCGCCGCUAGCUCAGCUAUUGCCACCGUGGGCUCCGGCAAGCUCGACAUCAGCGACAAGCAACGCCCAAAGACAAGUGGUGGGGAAAGCUCAUCUGUCUUGUCGGCCGCCGCAGAUGAUGCUCUGGCAGCACUUGAAUCGUUAUCGUUGAACGAUGACGAUGAGACAUCCACCUAUUCCCGCCCUUCACCCAACACCGUUGCUUACCAAGACUCUCUUGCUUCAGCUUGCGGUGUCUCCCUCAACCAGAGAAUCCUGGAAUUCAAGCCCGCCCCUCCUGAGUCUUCAAAACCAGUUGACCUUCGCUCGCAAUACAACCGCCCUCUCAAAAAUGCUAAUGUUGCAUCAGCCCAAUUCAGACGUCGUGUCGCAACAGCUCCCGAACGUGUUCUCGACGCCCCAGGUCUAGUAGACGACUACUAUCUCAAUCUCCUUGACUGGUCUUCAGGCAACCAAGUUGCUAUCGGUCUGGAGCGCAACGUCUAUGUCUGGUCCGCCGAGACCGGCACAGUCAACUCUCUUUUGGAAACUAGCCCAGAUACCUACGUUAGCAGUGUCAAAUGGUCGGGUGAUGGAGCCUAUGUCAGUGUUGGUCUGGGCACGGGAGAAGUUCAAAUCUGGGAUGUUGAAGAAGGAACCAAGCUCCGAAGCAUGCAUGGACAUGACACUCGUGUUGGCGUCAUGGGUUGGAACAAACACACCUUGUCAACCGGUGCACGAUCUGGCCUCGUCUUCAACCAUGAUGUCCGUAUCGCCCAGCACAAGAUCGCCGAACUCGUUUCUCACACCUCUGAGGUCUGUGGCCUCGAGUGGCGAGCUGAUGGAGCUCAACUUGCAACUGGCGGAAAUGACAACCUCGUCUCUAUCUGGGACGCUCGUUCCUUGGCUGUGCCCAAGUUCACCAAGACCAACCACAAGGCUGCAGUCAAGGCUCUCAGCUGGUGCCCAUGGCAGCCAAACCUCCUCGCUACUGGUGGUGGAUCAUACGACCGUCAUAUCCACUUCUGGAACUCUACCACUGGGGCACGAGUGAACAGCAUCGACACUGGCUCCCAAGUCACCAGUCUUCGAUGGAGCCCUCACUACAAGGAAAUUGUUAGCACUAGCGGUUUCCCCGACAACUCUCUCAGUAUCUGGAGCUACCCAACUUUGGUGCGCAACGUUGAGAUUCCAGCCCACGAGACCCGAGUGCUUCACAGCUGCCUUAGCCCCGAUGGACAGAUGCUUGCAACAGCUGCUGCCGAUGAGAGCUUGAAGUUCUGGAAGAUCUUCGAGAAGAAGGCUGGUGCGAGUUCGUCCGCAGGCGCGUCUGGUGCCUCUGGAAAGGCUGAUAUGGUUAAGCAAAUGACUAUCCGCUAGAGAGUGGCAGUCAUCAAGCCUCUAGGAAGUGCCCGGGCUUCCCUGAGAGCAACUGGUAAAGUAUAAGAAGGAUUUCCAUACUGGCAUUAGCGGUUGGAUUUUACAGCGUGGAGUUGGGGAGUUGUUCUUGAUCUCUCUCAAUGCCCAUGGCCGAAAGUGCUUCACCUGGUGCGAAUAAUGCUUAACGAUGGAUGACUGGAAAGGGGCAUGGC